AUGGAUGAAGGACCGCAAAACCGUCCUCUUAAGUAUUAUGUUGUUCCUUCACAGGAGGAACCACACAACAAUAUUGCUGCCCCUGCCAUCAACCGAAACGAUUUCAAGUUGAAAUCUUUGUUGUUAUCAGUCGUUCAACAAAACCAAUUUUCAAGUACUCCUACAGACGAUCCAAACUUACAUUUGUCAGUGUUUGUGCAGUACGCAGACACAGUGAAAACAAAUGGUGUCAGUCCCAAAGUGAUUAGACUACGUCUUUUCCCUUUUUCCUUAAGAGAUAAAGCUAGAUCUUGGCUCCAGUAUCUACCUUCAAACUCUAUAACCAUAUGGGAUGAGUUAAAGAAAGUCUUCUUAGCUUGA